GGAUUACCCGCGGGGUGACUUCACUAUUUGAACUGAAUAGCAUAUUUUAAAAAUAAAAAUAGUCGAAUGGAGAACGCGGUUGGAAACGUACUUAAUUGGUAAAAAAAAAAUAGAAAAUAGGAAACAAAAUCUUGUGAUUUACUAGUCAAUAAAAUAAGUGCUGUUAAGUAAUAUUUAAGUAUAUUUUUGGAUUUGUUACUAGUAUUUUUUGGGUACUAAGAGCCGUGAGAGCCCAGUGGAUACGACCUCUGUCUCCGAUUCCGGAGGGUGUGUGUUCGAAUCCGGUCCGGGCCAUGCACCUCCAACUUUUCAGUUGUGUGCAUUUUAUGAAAUUAAAUAUCACGUAUCUCAAACGGUGAAGGAAAACAUCGUGAGGAAACCUGCAUACUAGAGAAUUUUCUUAAUUCUCUGCGUGUGUGAAGUCUGCCAAUCCGCAUUGGGCCAGCGUGGUGGACUAUUGGCCUAACACCUCACAUUCUGAGAGGAGACUCAAGCGUAGCAGUGAGCCGAAUAUGGGUUGAUAAUGAUGUAUUUAUUAGAAAUGGGUAAAGACGACAAAGAAGACUCAGGCUUCGGCUUCAAGGACCGCGCCAAGGCGGAGGAGACCCUGCGACUGCUGGAGCAGCACGAGCCCAACUACCGGCGCCUGACGGUGCGAGGCCUGUUGGGACGCGCCAAGCGAGUCCUCGGCAUGACAAAAGCAGAAGAUAAAAUAAAGAAUAUAAAAGAAGCGAUGGAGGUAUUCGAGAACUGGCUCGCCGAGUUGGACAAGAACAAAGAAAAGAAACCAGAGAAGAAAGAAAAAGAAAAAGCGCGUAAGAGUGAAGAGAAAGAAAGUAAGAAGAAAGACAAUGAGGAUUCAGAUUCUGAUGUGGAGAUGGAGGAGAAGCCCAAAGAGAAGAAAGAGCUUCCGGCUGACACAGUUCCCGGACUUGGAUUCAAGGAUAAGGACGCGGCAGACAACACUCUGAAGGAGUUGGAAGGCAGGGACCCAGACUACCAGAAACUGGCGGUCAAAGGACUCAUAGGACGAGCUAAGAGAGUACUCACAUGUACACGAGACGAAACCAAACUGUCAAACAUAAAGGAAGCAAUAUCAAUAUUCGACAAAUUCCUCGACGACUUCGACACCAUGCACCUGAGCAAACAGAACAACCCGUACAUCAGCCUGCCCAUCGUCAGGACGUGCAAGACAAUGGCUGACGACAUCACUGACCAACAGAAAUCGUUCAUAGCAGCGUACACAUCAGUGCGCGGCGAAUACAAACGUCUGCGGACAGUGCUCGCGGCGGAGGGCGGCAAGACUUGGGACGUCGUGAGGAACGCGGCACUGAAGGAACUCAAGGAGAAGCAUGCAGACGCUAAGCUAUUCAACGACAAGGAUGAACCAACAGCUGAACAUCUGGAAAUGUUGCUGUGGGCGUAUUCACCGGAAGCGGCGCGUGUGAAGAAACUCAUACCGGAAACUAAAGCAAGCGAGGACGUCAACGACCGGAAGCGACGGAGCAGCGGCCAUGACAGUGACGACACCCCGAGCAAGAAGAAGAAAGAAUGAUUUUGUUUGUGAUAAAUAUUGUUUAAGCAUUUAUUGGUAUUUUGAUUAAAUCAUUUCGAUUA